GUGUAACAGUUGAUCCUGACGGAUAGGUGGCGGUAUGUUUCGGAGUCGGGUGCUGUCUUGUCAUUCUGACAGAAUCAUUUUGUCCGGGGUAUGUUUAAACGAUUGGCAAAUCUUGUUUGACCAAGAGUUGCUACAGCAAUGCUUACUUUAAGUCAGUUAUGAACCGAAAACGGGCCCUUAUAUCAGACACGUUUAAAGUGAACAAACGAAGAGUUGGCAAUGAGAAGCAGUUUGGAGCUGUCAACAAUGGAGAAGCGGGACCACUGGACGUCAAAGCCACCCUGCAGGACCUUAUGACAUUAUUCCCACGCAAACUCUUCAAUGACGCCCUUCCACAAAUUGUCCUAAAACACCAACUCUACAGCAUACACAAUGAUAGGACCCAAGUGGACAGGCAGCUUAGUGACUUGAGGGAACAGGGGGAGCUGUUGAUGUUCCAGCUGGGCUUUGAUGCUGAGGCCUUUGGGUUGGUGUUCGCUGCAGACUACAAGGCUAAAGUCCUGGCUGGGGAGGAGGGGAGAGGGACACGGGGCACAGUGGAUAAAUUCCUGGAGAAAGUGCUGCCCUCCUGCAAUGACCUGAGCUUCAACAAAGACAAAAUGCUGAAGGAGUUUCUCUUCACAGACUCAGAGAUAACGCAACUGGUGAAGUCGGGGGUUCUGACUGUGAGGGACGCUGGCAGCUGGUGGCUCUCCAUCCCCAACUCUGGCAGAUUCACCAAGUACCUAAUACAGGGUCGUAAAGCUGUGCUGGGCAUGGUUAAGAAGUCCAAAUAUAAUGAAGUCUUAAAGGCAGAACUGGAGGAGAGGCAGACCAACUCACAGGUUAAAUUCCAGAUCAAGUACCACAUCCAUGACAUCAUUGGUGCAGAGCUAGUAGAAUGAGUUGUACUCUUUUGAUAUUGACUGAAUACUGGGAAGGGCUUGCAAGUGAAGCAUGUUACUGUACUUGUGCACGUGACAACUUGGAACUUGACUCCUGGGCGUAGCCAUCAACUAUUCUUGUCGACUGACGUGUAUCUAAUACAAUUGGUCAUGUUGUACCCACAUUACCAGCUCUUUUCUUUUUAGUAUACCCACAACUUCAGGAACAUUGUUACGGUGUGUGGACUACUGAACCCAACUGACUGAAUGGAUACAACAACCUGUUUCAUGGAUGAAACCCUUAAAGCAACUGAACAUGACGAGAGGCCAUGUUACACCAACGAAUCUGGUUAAUCAUUUAUUGCCUUGUUUUUCUGCCAAAUAGGUGAAAUGCCAAUGGUGUAAAAUAAAGCCUUUUCUGGUUUGUAAAUCGUUUAAGGUU